UACGCGAUCCUGUCGCAUGUAUGGGGCAAGAAGGAGCAAUCUUUCCAGGAGACACCAGCGUAUCACAAGGAUCUCCCCUCUAAUCGACCAAAUGCUCGCGAUACGGCUUCGGAGAAGGUCCGCCAAUGUUGCAUUCUUGCAGAACGGGAUGGCCUUCGGUGGAUUUGGAACGACACAUGCUGUAUUGAUAAGACCAGCUCUGCAGACCUCUCCGAGGCGAUCAACUCCAUGUAUCUCUACUACUCACUCGCAGAGGUCUGCUAUGCCUACCUAGCGGACGUCGCUCAAGAUCGAUUUGACACCGGCACGAAGGGACUCUUCGCCGCGAGUCAGUGGCAUACUCGGGGUUGGACGCUACAGGAACUCAUUGCCUCCCCAUUCCUCGUCUUGAUAUCCUCAGACUGGCAGAAGCUCGGUACCAAGAUGGACCACGCUCGGUCCCUGAGCAAAAUUACCCAUAUCCCUGUCGAAGUGCUCCUGAUGCAGAAGCCAGUCAGCAGCUUCAGCGUGGCCCAACGCAUGUCGUGGGCUUGCGGACGCAAAACCACUCGGGUUGAGGAUCGUGCCUACUCGCUCAUGGGAAUCUUCUCCGUCAACAUGACGGCAAUCUAUGGCGAAGGAGAACGUGCAUUUCGGCGACUGCAGGAGGAGAUCAUGAGGCAGUCUAUUGACCCAUCGCUAUUCGCCUGG